CCAAUAUCAACCCAUGUGCGCUUCUAAUGCGAUUGAUCGUGUCCUGCUCCCGAGAAAUGUGCAGCCCAUUGCCUACAAGCUCUACCUGUCUCCGGAUUUGAAGGCGUUUACUUAUUCCGGAUACGUGGAGGCGGACCUUGUUGUCAUGCAGGCUACUGCGAAGAGCUUGACCUUUCACAAUCUUGGAAACAACCUCGAGCUCGACAAGACGUACAUGUUGUACAACACCGAGAAGUUGUACCCAGUUUCGGAUUCUGUCAACCAUGACGAAGAAACUGUCACGCUGAAUUUUGGCGGCAAUCCUUUCGUGGUUGGAGAGCAAAUAAAGCUCGUGAUCUACUUCAACAACACGCUGGGAACAAGCAUGUGUGGGUUCUACCGAAGCAAGUACAUGGUUGGCGGCGAGGAGAGAUGGAUGGCUACGACGCAGUUCGAGCCGGUUGACGCUCGCAGAGCGUUUCCGUGUUGGGACGAGCCGGCGCUGAAGGCUACGUUUGAGGUGAUACUGAACCUGCCGUCUCACCUGCUGGCGCUGUCGAACAUGCCGGUGGUGGGAGAGGAGAAGAGCCUGAAGACGGGGACCAAGACGGUUUAUUUCCAAACGACGCCGAGGAUGUCCACCUACCUGCUGGCGUUUGUGGUUGGGGAGUUUGAUUACGUGGAGGGAGUGACGACGAAGGGGGGGGUGCCAAUGCGCGUGUACACGCCGUUGAACCAGGCGGACCGUGGUUGUUUUGCGUUGGAGGUGGGGACCAAGAUUUUAGAUUUUUUUACGGAUUAUUUUGGGAUUGCGUACCCGCUGCCCAAGUUGGACAUGAUUGCGAUUCCGGACUUUGCGGCGGGCGCCAUGGAGAAUUGGGGGUUGGUCACGUAUCGCGAGGCUGCGUUGUUGUGCGAUCGGGACGCGAACGUUUCUACCAAGAUGCGAAUUGCUUACGUUGUGGCUCACGAGGAGGCGCACCAGUGGUUCGGGAACAUAUGCAGUCCGGAGUGGUGGAGGGAGCUUUGGCUGAACGAGGGGUUCGCGACGUGGGCCGGUGAUUUGGCCGUGAACAGUUUGUUUCCGGAGUGGAGCAUUUGGACUCAGUUUUGCAGCGCGUAUCUUUCGAGCGCGUUGCGUUUGGAUUCCAUGUUGAGUUCUCACCCGAUUGAGGUGGACGUGGCCAGGUCUCGAGACAUAGACGAGAUCUUCGACACUAUAUCGUACAACAAGGGCGCGUGCGUGAUUCGGAUGUUGGCGAGUUAUUUGGGCGAGAAGGAGUUUGCCAAGGGUCUGAACUGUUAUUUGAAGAGACACUCGUACGGAAAUGCGACGACGGCGGACUUGUGGAAGGCCAUUUCGGAGGCGACUGGGAGGCCCGUGGGCGAGAUGAUGCGCAAUUGGACGCUUCAGAUGGGGUAUCCGGUGAUUCACGUGGAAUCUAUUGAAGAAGGGAGCAAGCUUCGGCUUUCUCAGACUCGCUUCCUUGCCGACGGGUUGCCCACGGCCGAACAGGACAAGGUGGUCUGGGACGUGAAGGUAUCGGUGGCGAGUGACAGGACGAGGGAGAUGGAGUACUUGAGCUUGAGCGAGAAGACGGCGACGUUUGAUUACAGCACUAGGGACUUGACGUGGUUCAAGGCGAAUGCGGGUCAGUACGGUACGUUCAGAGUGCGAUACAGCGCCGACUUGUUGAAGAAGCUUGUGGUUGCGAUCAAGAAGAAGCAGAUUCUUCCAGAGGACCGACUUGGCAUCGUCAGCGACUACAUGGCGCUGAGCCGCGCGGGGCUGAUCCCGCUGACAGAGGUUUUAGAGCUGUGCUCAUCAUACGAAGAGGAGACCGACUACAACGUGUGGUCCGAGCUGAGCGCAGGUCUGAGCGCCGUGAUGAGCAUUUGGGAAUCUCACCCCUGCUACGCGAAUUUCAAGAGGUACAAGAGACAACUUUUUUCAAAGAUUGGCGGGCGGAUUGGAUGGGAGAGGGAAGGUGAAUCAGACCUAGACAAGCUGCUGCGCAGCGUGGUGCUGUUCGCGCUGAGCACCUGCGACGACGAGGCGGUGAUCAACGAGGCGCGUCGAAGAUUCGAACUUUACCAGUCGAACCCGAAUUCGUUCCCUGCAGAUUUGCGCGACGUGGUCUUUCGCAUUUACGUCUACCACGGCGGCGCCAAAGAGCAAGAAGCCAUGAAGGAAAUUUACAACCGCGCCGACGUACCCGACUUGAAGAUCUCGGCACUCCAGGCGCUAGGCCUCGUUCAAGACGCCACGCUGAUCAAAAACACGAUCGUUUGGGCCCUGAACUCGGGAAAAGUCAGGAAUCAGGACCUGCAUGUGGUGUUCUACGGCACCAGCAACAGUCAGAAGGGACAAGAGAUCACCUGGGACAGCAUGAAGGAGCACUGGGACGAAUUGGUCAAACGCUUCGGGACAGGCCAAUUUUUGCUGUCUCGACUGAUCGAGUAUUCGACCCGAAACUUCUCUUCGUUCAGCAAGGCCGAAGAAAUCGAACGGUUCUUCUUGACUCACAAGGCCAACGGGAUUGAUCGCACCGUUUCGCAGUCACUGGAAAAAAUCCGUGCGUCUGCUUCUUGGUUCAAGCGCGACAGCGUCAGCGUAUCAGCCUGGCUGAACAGAUUUUAGAUAAAUUUUUUUAAAUUUUUUUUUUUGCUU